GUAUUUUACUUACCUCCUCUUUUACUUCGAAGAAGAGAGUAAAGAUGGCGACUCAUGAUUCUCUCGAGGAUCUUCUUAUUGCUGAUUUGGAGCAUAUCCCAAUUGAAGAUGUUUUCAAGCAUUUGGAAUGCAGCAGAGAAGGUUUAUCUGAAGCAGAAGUAGAAAAAAGACUCGAGAUCUUUGGACCAAACAAAAUCGAGGACAACAAUGAAAGCAAAGUGGACAGGUUCUUUGGUUUAAUGACUAAGCCUUUAUCUCUAGUCAUGGAAUCAGCUGCAAUCAUGGCUAUUGCGUUGGCUAUCGGUGGAGGAGGGUCAUCGGGUUGGCUAUUAUUUGUUGGUGUUGUAUGUUUUUUGCUGUACAACACAAUACAGUUCUAUCUCGAAGAAGCCAAUGUUGAGAAUCUGGCUGCUUCUUUAAUGGCUUGUCUUUCUCCCAGAGCAAAGGUUCUAAGAGAUGGAGAAUGGUCAGAGCAAGAAGCUUCAGUUCUUGUUCCGGGAGAUGUUGUGAGAAUUAAGCAAGGUGACAUCAUUAGUUGCGAUGCACGUCUUCUCGAAGGAGAUGGUUUAAAAGUUGUUGUAACCGGAGAAUCCCGUCCCAUAAAAAAAGGUCCAGGAGAUGUAGUUCACUCCGGUUUUACCUGCAAGCACGGUGAGAUGGAAGCGGUUGUGAUCUCCACUGGAGUCCACACGCUUUAUGCGGGUUUUUUUUCCGACAGUACAACAAACCGAGUUGGACAUUUCCAUGAAGUUGUAGCUGAAGUUGGAAAAUUCUGCAUAAUCUCUAUAGCAAUUGGUAUUGUGAUUGAGCUCAUUGUGAUGUGCCUGAUCCAGGAAAGAACCUACAAAGACGUGCUCGACAAUCUUCUGGUUCUUUUGAUUGGUGGGAUCCCUAUUACACUGCCUUCUCUUCUAUCUAAGACAAUGAAUAAUGGGUUCCUUAGGUUAUGUAACCAAGGAACUCUCGCGAAAAGGUUGACCGCCAUUGAAAAUAUGGCCGGUAUGGAUGUUCUAUGCAGCAACAAAACCGGGACUCUGACUCUCAACAAGCUUAGUGUUGACAAGAAUCUCAUUGAGGUUUAUGCUAAAGACGUUGAUAAAGACCAAGUUUUGCUUCUCGCUGCAAGAGCUUCAAGAACAAAGGAUCAAGAUGCUUUUGAUACCGCUAUGGUUGAAAUGCUAACUGAUCCAAAAGAGGCAAGAAAUGGAAUUAUAGAAGUUCACUUCUUCCCAUUCGAUCCAGUUGCUAAGCGAACCGCUUUAACUUAUAUCGAUUGUAACGGAAACUGGCAUCGUGUAAGCAAAGGCGCUCCCGAACAGAUUCUUGAUCUCUGCAACGCAAGUGCUGAUCUGAGGAAGAAUGUCCACUCUACAAUCGGAAAGUACGCUGAGCGUGGACUCAGUUCUUUAGCUGUUGCAAGACAGAAUGUACCUGAGAAAACAAAAGAAAGCUCUGGUGAUCCAUGGGAACUUGUUGGUGUAUUGCCUUUGUUUGAUCCUCCAAGACAUGAUAGUGCAGAAGCCAUAAGAAAAGCUCUAGACCUAGGUGUCAAAGUGAAGAUGUUUACCGGUGAUCAAAUUGCUAUCGCGAAAGAGACUGGACGUAUACUUGGUAUGGGAACAAACAUAUACCCAUCCACUUCUUUACUCAAUAACCACCUUCCUGUUGAUAAGUUGAUUGAGAAUGCUGAUGGCUUUGCUGGUGCCUUACGAGAGUACAAAUACGAAGUUGUAGAAUGGUUGAAAACGAUGGGGCAUAGUUGUGGUAUCAUUGGUGAUGGAGUGAAUGACAUUCCCGCGAUGAAGAAAGCGAAUAUUGGUAUCGCUGUUGCGGGUGCUUCUGAAUCUGUACUAGCUGCUUCUGAUAUAGUUUUUACGGAGCCUGGACUCAGUGUUAUCAUCGACGCGGUUCUGAUCAGUCGAGCUACUUUGCAAAUAAUGAAAUACCACACAGUUUAUGCAGUUUCAAUGACCAUCCGUGUUGUGUUUGGGUUCAUGUUCAUCGCUUUAGUAUGGAAUUUUGACAUUUCACCACUCAUGGUUUUGGCCAUUUUACUCUUAAACGAUGGACCAUACAAUAUCCUGACUUUCUCAACUGAAAAAGUCAAGAUGCCUUCUCCUACACCAGAUAGCAGGAAACUAAACCAGAUCUUCGCAACGGGACUUGUUCUUGGAGGCUACAUGGCUUUAGUGACUGUUUUGUUCUUUUGGGGUGCAUACAAAACCGAUUUCUUCCCGAGAAUGUUCCAUGUGAGUGACUUGAGAGGCAACGAACAUGAGAUGAUGUCUGCUUUAUACUUACAAGUCAGCAUUAUGAGUCAAGCUCUCAUCUUCGUCCUUCGAUCGAGAAGCUGGUCUUUUGUGGAACGACCUAGACCGCUCUUACUUUGCUCUUUCGCCGCAACACAAUGUGUUGCAACAGUAGUUGCGGUUUACCCGAUUUGGGAAAUUGCGAGAAUGGAGGGAAUAGGAUGGGGAUGGGCUUGUAUUAUUUGGCUCUACGACAUCAUCUUCUUUCUUACGUUAGACAUAGUGAAGUUCGCAAUCCGUUACAUACUAACCGGAAAAGCCUCGCAAAAUGUCACUGGCGACAAGGUCAGCUCGAAGAUCUUCAACAACACAUCUUUCAUCUUUGAUCGGAGACUAAGUGGUAAAAAACACGGCCAUGAUUACUCACUCUUGCAACCUCUCCUUGAUGGAGAAGGAUAUUGAUUAGUUGGUUUUGGUGUAGUUUGCUUUAGUUUUUUUUUUUUUUUGAAUGUACUGAUUUUUUUUAUAUAUAUUAAAUCUCU